AUCUCCAUCUAUACCUAAAAGAGUAAAGUCUUCAACAAUAAAUUUCAUUCACACACUUCUCGUCCAGACCAAAUUUGACGCUUUUUCCACACACUUUGGCGCACACACAAUUCACCCUCCAAAAACAUCUCUCUCUUCUCUCUUCUUCUCUCUCACACUUACACACACUCUCUCUGUGAGUCUGUGUGAUGUUAAAUCCAGCAAAUGAUCUGGCGCCACAACCUUCCUCACCAACUAAUUCUUCCCUCUCCUCUUCUGAUCUCGACACUGAGUCAACAGGCUCAUUCUUCCACGACAGAAGCACGACGCUAGGGACGCUGAUGGGCGUGACGGUCCAAGCGAUAACCUUCAGGGCGGCCUCCCAGCACCGCCAGCAGGAAAGUCCUGGAUCCGCCGUCGGCGGCGGCCGGAGGAACAGGACCGCCGCGGCCAGGCAGAGGCGGCGGUGGUGGCGCCUCUGCAGGGACGAAUGCGAUGCCAGAAGAGCCUCUCUCGGAGAGUAUCUGGAGGUGGAGCGGAGGUUCGGGGCCGCGGCGGAGCUCGAAGAAGGUGUUGUUCAGGAGCUGCCGAGAAAUGGCCGGGCUCUGUUUGCCGACGGCAUGGUUCUGCCCCCGGCGGAAGCUGUGGAGGAUUUAGAUUCAUCGCCGGCGACCGCGGCGGGGAUUUGUAGAUUCUCCGUGGUAGAGCGGUGGUGUAAUUUAGUGUAGUGCAGUACAGUUUGUUUAGUAACUUUCUAUUUUUCUUUUUCUUUUUUUCCUUUGCUUUUUUUGUGGUGUUUUGCAGAUUUGCUUUUUCUUUCUUCUUUUUUUUUUCAAUUGUUUAUUUCUAGAUGUGGCACCACUAAUUGAACAUCAUAUGAUUCGCUUUAUAAAGUUCUUUUUAGUUGA